GAUGUUUAAGCUGUUUCUGUUCUGUGUUUUGUGCUCUGGCGCAUAUGCCUACAAUCAUGGACAGGCCUUAAUUGAUUUUAAUGCAUAUGUGGACAAAUUUAAUAAGACCUAUAGCACCGCAGCGGAGAGAAACACUGCCAACUAUUAUUUCAACUACCACAGCAACCAAAUAGCUUCGCAUAAUGCGCUGGCGGAUCGUAACGCCAGCAGCUACCGCGUGAAGGUGAAUCAAUUCUCUGAUAUACGAUUGAUAACAUUUGCGGCACGUUUGCCGCAGGCUGUCUAUCCGACGACUUUUGGCAAUUCAACGCCCGUGCCACCAAACGAGAUAGCCCCGCCCCAGUAUGACAUACUAGCCGAACUUGGGAUCAAUGUGACGGCACGGGAUCAGGGCACCGUCUGCAGCAGCAGCUGGGCCUAUGCGGCGGCCACGUCCAUUCAAAUACUGAAUGCCGUACAGACUAUAGAAGUGCUGCCGUUGAACAACUCCGCCCAGGCACUGAUCGAUUGUGCUGGCAUGGGCACUGGCUGCACCACGCAGGUGCCACAAACGGCCUUCGACUAUCUGACCCAGACAGACGCUGUUUUGCUGAACGAGGAUGAAUAUGCAGCUAACAAUUCGCUGAAUCAUCAGGGCAUGUGCGUGCCCAAGUUGGCAACGAGCAGCAUCAAACUGGACUCCUAUGGCACCAUAGAAGAUUGCGACGAUGAUUUGCUUAUGCGCUACGUAGCCAGCCAAAUUCCAGUGAUUGUGGAAUACAAUCCCGCGACCUUUGGCUUCAUGCACUACAGCAGCGGUGUCUAUGUGCCGCCAGUGCGGGCCAAAGCCAGCAGCUCUCAGUUCCUGGUGGUAGUCGGCUAUGGCCACGACACGGAUAGCAAUCUGGACUAUUGGCUCUGCCUGAACUCCUUUGGCACCGAAUGGGGCGAGCAGGGCUUUAUCAAAAUCGUGCGCAGCUCCACCCAGCCCAUUGCCAACCGAGCCGUUUUCCCCAACAGCUUGGGCGCAAGCACGUCGACAACGCCAUAAAUUAUAUACUGCGAGUAUAUUGAUAUAUAUCAUAAUAUAUGUCUAUCAUAACUAACAUAUGUUUUACCUAUUUCCAUAUCUACAGAUAUCUAA